AUGCGCGAGCCUCUGUCACCGAGCCCGCUGCGUGGACCGCGCCCGCCUCGCGGCGCGCGUGGACUGAACCAGGCUGCACAGAUUGCAGCCGAGCGCGAGCCGCUGCGGCAGGGUGGCGUGCCGCUCGACCAUGCCGCAGACAGCGACCUGGAGUCGGACUCGGGCGAGCUCGUGCUGCCAGAGGACAUGCGCGCGAUGCGCGCGCGCGCUGCCGAGGCAAGACGCGUACGCAUGGGCCCGCGCGCUCGCGAGUCUCAGAGCGCGAGUGACACGGUCGAAGAACUGAUCCGGGCAUCGAGUCCGGAACCGUCGACUGCACCGCCGGCACCCCGGGCGGGAGGACGGGCGUUGCCGCGCGUACCCCACACGGCGCCGCGCAUGGAGCCGGCACCGGCGCUGCGUGCAGCGACACCGACGCUGCUGGGGCCCCGCGCAAGUAUGGCGCGGGAUGGGGAUGAGGACGUGAUGCGCCGUCCUUCGCCGAGCUUGCCGGGCGGCCUCGGGCCGGUGCUCACACGGGGGCGUGGUGCGGGGACGGACGUGCGCGAAGGGCGCAGCGCGUCGGUCGACGACAGUUGGCGUGCAGAUGCGAGCACCACGCCGCCAGGUCACCCGGCGCCGGUGUUUGCGGCAUACCGUGCCGGGGUGCCGAGCGCGAUGCAGAGGGCGGCAUCGGCGGGCGGCGUGCGCGCGGUAGAGGAGAGUGCCGCACCGGUCCCGCCCAUGCCUCUCGGGGCCGGUCCUGUGCGCCAAGAGGCGCGUGCUGGCGAUGAGCCGGCCGGCCGCCAAGAAGAGCGCCGUGUGCCGGCCGAUGAACACAAUGGGCCGCCGGCGCCGCGGGAGCAAGCAGAGUCUGCUGAGCCUGGGCCUGCCGAGCAUGCACGCCCGGCAGCUCCCGAGCCUGCCGAGCCCAUGCGCAGGCUCUCGGAGCCCGAGCCUGGUCGGGAACCCGCUCCUGAGCCAGCUCUUUCCCCUGAUCUGGCCGCUCCCCCAGCGCCCCCGUUCGCUGCGCCUCCGACCCAGACGCGCUCCGAGCCUGCAUCGCGUGCCGAUUCGCCUGUGCUCGCCGACGCGCGGACGCAGACGCCGCCUGUCGCGUCGACACCUCAUGCCGAUGCCCAGCCGCGCCCCGAGACGCCCGAGAACCAAGAGGUGCCUGGCGCAUUCCCUGCGCCGCCGCUAGUCCCGUUUGCGGUGCCGGAAACGUCUACGGCACGUACGCAGCAGGGCGGGCCAAACGGCCGCAUGACACGUACGAUGCUGGCUGCGCUCUCGACGCAGACGCGUAUCCCCGGCAACCCCGUGCCCUCAAUUUACGGCCUGUUUUCCGACGAGCCCGCGCCGACGUCCUUCCGCCCUGCUGGCGCGCAGCGCAACUGGCGUGAGGAGGAAACGCCGAGGCCCGAUGCCGGGCGUAUCCCCCCUGCGCUCGCCGAGCGCGUGCUUAGCAGUGGUCCCAGCGUGUCGAAUCUGCAUCCCACCUCGGCCAGCCUGCUCCUCUCGCCCGGGGCCGGCGCGCGGAAGACGGCGGCACAGCUGCGCAAGAGCGCCGUGCAGCCCGGAUCGGUGACCUUCCCUGCCGGUACACUGAGCCAUCUCGGCGACGGCGAGGCGCCCGAGGCGAAGCUCUCGCACAAGUUUGAAGAGAACAGCAUCUACUCGUUUUCAUGGACCAUUGACAAGCUCGACCAGUUUGUCGACGAGGUGCAGCACGGGCGCGAGGAGCACGAAGUGUGGUCAAUGCGCCCCCUCUUUGGCGCCGAGCGCUGGCGCCUCGAGCUCAGUCGACGGCACAAGAAGAGCGAACACUCCGUGUCCAAGAAGCGCCCCGAGUGGGUGCUGCAGCUGACGUGCCUCGGGCUGAUGGGCCUGCCGUUCCACGCCGAGCUCCCCACCGAGAUCAUGCUGGGCCUGCGUGUGCCGCGGAUGCAGCGUGUGCCGAGCCUGCUGUCGAGCGACUAUCUCUGGCGCAAGUUUCUGCCGUGCACCUUUCACCAGAAAAAAGACACGCUAGUCUUUUCCGCGUUCCCCCCCCUGGCCGAGUUGCUGGCGGACAGCGAGCUGAGCGAGCGAAACGCGCUAGAGCUUGUCGUGCAGGUCGCAUGCGGCCCGUCGGUGCUCCCGGAGCGUGGCGAGGAAAAGAGCGGCGAGAUGCGCAUGCCGUUCGAGACGCCCGACAGCGUGCAAGUGCCGCGGAGUCUGGUGCAUUCGCUUGCGAACCUGAUCGACGACGCCAGCACUGGCGAUCUCAUGAUUGUCGUCCGCGAAAAAGGGCUGCAGCAGCGCCCCACCGACGAGCUCGCGCAGAGCGUCGGCCUCAAGACUUUUGUGCAGCCGUGGCCGACCGGCACGCCGAUGCCCGACCAGGGCGAGUACGAGCCCGAGGUCUUUGUGCGCGACCGAGUGCUGUGGGCGCACGCGGCGGUGCUGCGUGCGCGCAGCGAGUUCUUCGCGACAAUGCUCGAGUCGAGCUUUAGCGAGAACUUGCAGUACGACGCGCCGACGAGCGGCCGCGGGCAGAGCUGGCGCCGCCCGUACCGCCUGCUGCGUAUCCCCGACGCGGACUAUGUCACGCUCUACUGGUUCCUGCGCUACCUCUACACCGGCGAGGUCCAGUUCCGCACCGACGAGGACAUCGAGGCGGUGACGCUCGACGACCACUGGAUCCUCGGCCAAGAGGCCGCAUCGAGCCGCCCCGAGUGGAAGUGGAAGCCGGUCGAGACGCUCGACGAGGACGAGAGUCUCGCGUCCUCGCCCGAGGACACGAGCUUCUCGCGGCACUCGCAGCCCCCCGCGCUGCUCAAGAGCGCCGCGGUGAACCCCGUGCUCUCGGACCUGCACUCGGGUCGCCACGUCGAGGUCACGACGCACACCGACACCGACGGGACCGUGCACCCCCGCGCCGGUACGCAGACGAACCGCGGCCGCCAGCGCUCCGUGUCGGCGGCGAGCAGCACACCGUGUGCGUCCGACCCUCAUCCGCACCCCCCCAUGCUGCCGGUGCCGCCCGCCUCUGCGCUUGCGCUGUACCGCCUUGCGCACCGUUACGACCUCCUCCCCCUGUGCGAUUUGGCCACUGCGCACAUCAUUUCCCAGCUUACGCCCCAAAACGCGGUCAACUACCUGCUAUGUACGGCGCUGUUUGAGCAGCUGCAGUAUGCGAUCCAGCAGUACAUCUUACAACACCCCAAAGAAGUCGGCUCGAGCCCCGAGUUUGUGCACUGCUGCACCCAGGUCUCCAACGGCGAAUGGGGCCCCGCGGCGGGCCAGACCAUCGCGUCGCUCAUGCGCAUUUUGCUCCACAAGAAUGGCGCAGCAACUCCUGGUACAUAA